AUGUGCAUUGUGGUAUCCGAGGCAGUUGCUGGUCGGUCAUCUCAGGCCUCUCAGCGGUUCUGCUGUUCGGGGCAAAAGCUGACUGCUGUCAUCCCAGGUCUGGCGGUGGAGUAUGAUGAAUAUAAUGUGGCAGUGAUUUGUCAUAAUAUUGGUGCCAUUAACACCGCAAACAAGACGUUUCUCCAUCAUGUUAUCAAGUUAGGUACUUGGAUCACCGACGCGGAGAAAAUCCGUCAGGCCGCCGACGAUAAGGCCAAGGAAGCCUACGACAAGUUGAAGGUUAAUGAGACGCUGGAUGAGAAUGUCAAGAAGAUUGUCAAAGCCAAGGUGGAGAUUGAAAAGGUUCAUAAAAGCCUUGGCAAUCAUCUUAGUAGUUUGGGAGCGUGGAAUCAGCAGGCCAGGACAGUGCUCGACGGGGCGAUUAAGCAGGCGACGGAAGUGUGGAAUGGUUUGAAUGACAGUGACACAAGUAAGGGUAUUGGCGGUGAAAUUCACAAAAUGACGCAAGCUAAAGAUGCAAUUAAUGUUGCGAAUUCAGAUCUUAAAACUGAAGUUGACAACUUAGGUAAGUGGAGGGCUGCGGCCCAGAAUGUUAUUUCCAAGGCGGAGCAGAAGUGUAAUACAAUUUUGGAGAAAGUUAGUACCACAGAUCCCCAAGGUCCGAUUUUUAAGGACGCUGAAAUAUUAAAAGAGAAGGGAACAGAGCUUUAUAAUGCUGCGAGCAAGGCUAAGAUAGAAGUUGAGUCCAAAGUCCGAGAUGCGUUACAGGCUGUUGUGGCCAUGGACAAAUCUCUCAAGACGGAUUUGAAGAGUGUGAAAGAUGAGAUGAAGAAAGGGAUAGAGAGGGUGAUUAAGACGUUGGGAGUUUUGAAUUUGGAUGGUUUGGUGAAAGAGGAUUUGAGGAUGUUGAGGGGGAAUAUUUUGGGUCUUACAAAUGGUGAUGAUAAAGUAAGCAGUCUUGUAGGUCCUCAGUUGCAGGAACUUGGAAGAAAGAAGGAGCCUCUGGAUACACUUGCUGUUAAGGAUGGUGAGGGUUCAAUUAAGAAAGGGAUUACGGAGAUGGAUAGACUGUUUAGUGAGAAGAUCCAGCAGCCGCUGAAGAGCUUGACCGACGAUGUGGCCAACAAUAUUAAUGAGCUUUACAAGAAAAUAGAUCCGACACAGCCGAAUGCACAAAAUAAGAAUCUUCAAGAGAUUUUCGAACAUAUUAAAGGAAAGGUUGGGGAGAUUAAGGGGAAGGAAGGUCGGAAGAAUAGUAGUUGGUAUCUUGAAGGUGGGAGUGGUAUCCUUGGCAUUGAGGGUGCGAUAAAAAACUAUGCCAAUGCGUUCGGCGUGAAUGAAACGUUUAACGCAAGAGUCCGAGGCUGGCUGGACGGAAUUUGGGGGAAGGAGAAGGGUGUGAAGAAUACGAAGACGUUGGAGUGGCUUGCGAAUUAUGUUACUUCGAAAGUUACAAAUUGGGAUAGCGGCAGCCUCUCGGUGAAUGCCGGUGGCCCUGAACAAGCAGAUGUGUUCCGUGAUGCAAUCAUCGGCGCCGUUAAUAAACAUUUUAAUCCCGCUGAAACAGAAGCCGAAGGAAAGGUUAUAGCAGUAAGAGGUCAAAAAGACGGCCACGGUGAAAUCCAAAAAAGCAUCGCAGCCGUCAAAGCAGGCUGCAAGCAUCUUGUCCAGCAGAUGGAUGUGGAAUUUAAGAAGAAUGGAAUUGAUUCAGUUGCCGAGGAGAUUUACAAUAUUGUUCCAAACAAGGAUACGAAUGGCAACAACAACAAGAAAGAGCAAAUAAAACUGUUUAUCAUACACAGCCUCAUUGCCCUCCGCGCAACCGUCAACCAGGUUAGCGAAGAGCUUGAGUCAGUCCUACUCUCCGACUACAGGAUGGACAAGGCUAAUAAAAGAAGUAUCGCAGGGGAAUUAGAUAGCGUCCUCGGAUAUACUAAUAAACUUCACGAGCAGCUUACCCAGGCGACCCAAAAGUCCGUCCCUCCCGGUGGACAACCCGUACCAGGCACAGCCCAAGCCGUGGACAGUAAGUUGCAGGCGGUGAGUGGCCAGGUUAAAACGCUUUACACCGAAUUUGAAACCAAAGUCACAAAAGAGCUCAAAGAUACAGUUAAAGAGCUUCCCACCGCCGUUGAGACUUUCAACCAACAAGCUCAAGCACAGAUUAGGGCUGCGGCCAGGACGGCGAUUGGAUCAGCUGUUAAGGAAUUCAAGACGAAGAGUGGUGCUGGAAACGAAAUUGACGUGGAGAGGAAUAUGACGGAAUCCCACCCAGCUUACGAUAAUAUUAAAAGGAGCCUCAAAAAAAUCUUGAUCAAAGAGUUGACACGCACAUUGGGGUGGAUGUGA